AUGUCAGCCCAAAAGCGAAGUGUUAGUCUCGAUGAGACCCGACCUAUCGAGGAAAGCCAUCCCGCAAAGGUGGUCAAGACUGCCCCCUUAGCGUCACAGCCAAACAAUAGCCAACAAGUUACCAAAGAACAAAAAGAGCAAACUGCCAAGAUGCUCUACGAUGACACAAUCAAGAUGAUUGAUAAAAACAUACAUAUCCUGGACAGAAAAGUGGUUGGGGAACUUGGUGCUAACCCCAGAGAUUACACAACUGAAGAUUAUGCGAAACUCGUGUGCCGGCACUCCAAAACGGUCAAGGCUAUUGCGCCGGUCAACAACACUCUGGCUUUCAAUCUUGUUCUCUGCAUGGCCGACGCAUCGCACGCUGAUCUCGAUACUUCGGUAGAACUUUGUGGUGAGACUGAAAGCACUCGAUAUUUCCAGAGGCUUGACAACUGGCUUUUUCAGUUGAUCAAAUCCCGGGAACGGCCAACACAUUUAGACUGGCAGCUGCCAGAAGUUCCAGUUCGAUGGUCACGGCGCCGCACUCGCUCACAAGAUGCUGAGUCGGAUGAGGAUCCUGACGAGUGGUCUGAACCAGAUCUGGGUCACCAGUAUUGGGAAAAGUGCAACUAUGAGCACAACAGACGAGUCGCGAGGAGAAGACGAAGGGAGAUUGUUGAUGAUUGGGUUACAGUGGCUUUGAGUGAUCUGAAAGAGGAGCGAGAUUAUCUUGAAGAGUACGGCAUGACAGGAUUCUUUCCUAAGAGUAUCGCCAAGUUGGAAAUGAUCCGUAAGGAAAUGAGCACGCAUCUGUAG